CUCCGGUUUCUACAAUAUCCUAAUACAUGUUCCAAAACAGUGUACCUCUAUAGCCUGGUCAAGUACUGUACCGUACCGUACACUCACAAUAGCACUUUUACAUUCAGCAGUACUGUUUUAUUUUUAGGUUAUUUAUGAACGGCUGGCGUUUUUUUUUUAGCUUGAAAUCAGGUUGGGUAUGAACGGUAGAUGUGCUUAUUUCUUUUCGUUGUUCUUACUCAGAAGGUCUAAGAUGGAAAGGUCUAAGAUGGAAAGUGCAACCAGCAAUCUGCAGUCAAGCUGAAGCGCGCACCCGUGCACUGUGUGCGCGCCCCCGGCCGUAUCAUCUCUCUAACCGGCUUAUAUUCUGCAGUAAGCAACUAUGGAAGUACGGGGAAGGAAAGGGUCGGUUGAGAUUUCCACACCUAAACCAUCGAAACCAGUAGGGACUGUGGCGUUGAGGAAUUUCACCAUACCCAGGAAGAAGCGGGCGUCUGGACAAGUCCUCCUGGAGUCUUGUCCUGAAGACAGUCGUGAUUACACUCUCAUUCAGUCUAAACUGAGGGAAUCCAGAUUAGACAUGAGGAAAGAGCAUACUAACGCCUCAGUGUGGAAAGACGUAAAAUUAGUGCACAAUGAUGGGUUUCUUAAGGAAUUCUCAGAAAAAAGGUCAGAGAUGAGGACUAAAGGUAGACACGGGAGAGAAAUGGAAGAACAUUUUUGCUUUUUGGUGGCAUCCAACGAAACAACAAUUAAAAUUUACCAGUUUGGAUUAAGAACUGGAAGCCAGGACCAGUAUUCUUUGGGAAAGCCCUCACAUGGAGUUUAUUUGUUUAAGCAUAUCGAUGUGGCUCUGAAUUAUGCAAUGGCAAGCACAUGUCUUGGGAAAAAUCUGAUUGUUUUCAAGGUGCUCUUCGGAAAAGUGAAAAAAGUCACAACUAGUUCGGACUGGAACAGAACCGUAGACCCUGUGGUUGGCUUUGACUGUCACAUGGCAAAAGAAGCUGUUUCUUAUCGUGACACUCUUUCCCAGCAGGUUCUGGGCUCGUCGGUGUUUCUGUUUGACUACAAUGAAAACCAGGAACUCAACAAGCGGCCAAGGCAGUGUCUGCCAUAUGCCGUGGUUUCAUUUGCUUCAGCCAUUAGCGCUACAGCACCAACAUCUAUAAGUCCGCCUGUUUCUCCAACGAAAGCUUCAGCUGGCCUUAAGCAUGGAGGUCUUAAGCGUUUGAAAGGCUGCACUGUGGCUAAGAGAAAAGGCAAAGGAGAGAAUGCCACAGUGACAUUCAAACGUUAUGCAACACAAGGCAGCCCUGGCACGGAGUACCAGUCACAAACUCAAAGAGCAGAGGCCAAUGGAGUAGAUGCUACUCCGUUUCAAUACAACGAUCUGCCAACACCUCCUCCUUUUCUCCCUCAGCAGCCAUAUAUACCUUACUAUAAUACAGCAGAAUAUUUGAAUCCUUCACUACCAUAUUAUGAAAAUGCCAUUCCAUGGCAAAGCUAUCUGGACAAAACUCCGUUCGGUGCAAAUUUACACGACCUGAGCACCACGAGUGUCUAUGGAGGAAAUACGGAGAGCUUGGAGGUAAUACCCCAAACCUCAGCAGAAAAGAUUUCCACCAUAGUUUAUUCGUCUCGCCUAGUAAAGGAUCCACGGUUGUCCAGGCAAGAAACAAACGUACAGAAGAAAAGCUCAGAAGAUGGGGUUCCAGAGUGUGAGGAACAGGGAAGCCAGGCACACUCGCAAAACCAUAAAGAUGAGAAUGAGUUAAAUUCAUCUUGUGAGAAACAAUCACUGGAUCUGGAGGAGGAACACAAAGUGAGCAGGUUCCCUAAACCCCCACUUGAUGAUCCAAGCAAAUACAAUUCGACUGCAAUGUCUGAAAAUAUGCCUUCAAUUAAAUUAUUUAAAAUGAAAUUCCAGAAAUAUGCACCGUAUUUUAAGAUGACCGAAGAGGAGAGGCACCAAAAAAUAUGGUCCAAAGAAAAUUUGACCCCAGAGCAAAAACAGUUAUUGAUUGACCGCAUACAUUUUUAUGAGAUGCAUCACCGAAGGUAUAAACAGGGACUGCUUUUUCAAAAAGAAACAGAAACAGACAACGCAUUUGGUUCGUCUCAAACAGAGCCCAUAAACAACGAUGUCGGCUCGCCCGCAAUGCAACAUUCCACUUUAAUGAAAAAAGGGAACCAAUGUGAAGUGAAUCAGUCGCUUAUAAGACAUUCAUUAAGUGCCAAUGUUUCUUAUUUGACUUCUACAACUGAUUUGGUGGAGAGUGAGAGAAAUAAAGUGGAUAUACCAAAUUCAGACAGUGAUAAGCUGAGCCAGAACAUUUGUACACCAAAAGAAAAUGGUGUGCAAGUGCAGCAUCCUUCUUCUGAUAUUCCAAUUGUGCCUCAAUUCGGAGCUCAGUCUGUAAGUGAAAAAGAAACGAUUUCAGAGAUCUUAACUUUGCACGGUACUGUGCAAUCAGUUUCUUCAGAGGAGAGCAAAACUUUAGAAAGUUCCCCCGAGUUGAGUUCUUCAAUACAAAAUGAGGUUCCCACAAGUCCAAAAGAGUCUUUUGCACAUGAGGCUACACUAAGUAAUACCCUAGAAGACAGUAAAUUUGAGCAACACAUACUGGCCAUGGAAGUAGCAAACUGUGUUGACAUCUCAGCUACUGAUGUACCAGAAUGCACUGACUGCUCCUAUGCUACUUCAAUGGAGCAAAGUCACGAUAGUCAAAGUAGUACUGAAAAACAAAACAGGGACGCAUCGACUGAUUCUAAAUCUGAUCCAAAUUCUGAGAUGUCUAUAGAGGUUGAAAGGGGAGAAGCUCAACAGCAAAACACUAUUUACAGCAGAUUAUAUGAACGAUUGCAGCUAGAUCAGCUAUUGUCCAAUACGAAUGGAGCAAACAUUCUUUCCAACAAAUCUUAUCUUAGGCCAAAAGGUCUAGACAAGAACCUCAUCAUUAAUCUACCAGAAAGUCAUGUUAAUCAACUAAUGUCAAAGUCAGAAGACCUCCACCUUAUAGUGAAGCUAAAAUCCGACCAGACAAGUCCAGAAAGACUUACGCUCUCUGAACGAUUCUCAGAAUUAAGAUGUCUUGGCCGGAAACUAGCAGCCUUUGUCCGUGUAAAUAGGCAGACCAGUAUCUGCAAAGCUCAUCUCAAUGGAGAUUUGAAAUGCAAACCAGAAGCACUAAUCUUAUGCAGUGGUGGAGGAAAAGGAACAGGAAACAAUAAUGCUGAAUUGAUCAAACUCAUGGCACAGAGGUACAACGAAAAUAGGCUAAUUGCAAAAUGUACACACCGUAGACAGAAAAGUUCAAGGUUUCCGUCCAGGAAAGGCGUGAUCGCCAGUGUACGUAGCAAAAGAACUUCAGGUUAUUUGUCAUUUCAGAGAAAAAUGUCGCAUAUCAGAAAGAGUCACUUGUUGAAAAUACGGAGAAAACGUACAACAAAUCUAGCCUUGAGUUCUAAUAGUCGAACUUCAUUUAGCAACUCGACUGAUUCAUCCGAUGGCUUUACAUGUACCCAAACAGAUAAUGUUGACAAAGCUUCUGAUUCAGCUGCUACAUCUCAUUCUCAAAGAAAUGUCAAACUUCUGAACAAGGAGUCCAGUCAGAAUGAUAAUUUCACCAAUAUUUCAUCUGAAGAGACUUCCUGUGUGGGUAGUGAAACAAAACGUCAUCACAUUAAUCAGGCCAAACAAUCAACAGAAACUGAUGUUGUGAAGAUUUCAACCCAUAAUGCUAUCACAGAAUCAGAGGAAAACAUCACUUUAGAUUCUAAAGACGCAGUAAUAAUUGAGGAAAUGGAAACAGAUAGCGGAACAAACAAAAGCAUGACCAGUCAUCAAGAAGAAUCCUCCCUGGUCACAAGUUCUGGCACUAAUGAGUCAAGUAAGGGUGAGAGUGCAGAAACAGAACACAAAGAAGAGACACUUGUACAGAAAAAGCUAUCUCAGGAGGACAUUUGUGACACUAAAGAGAUUUCGCCUGAUUACAACACUGGAACGUAUGAGGACAGCUUUGUUCCCAGUGUCUCAAGUAUCCCUGGUGAUAUAACCUCAGGUAAUGUGAUCAGCAGCUGCACUGCAGAAGCUCAGACAGCCGUGACUCCAUAUUUACCGAGAGCAAUGAAUAAUGGGACCGACACACAAACUGAGGAGGGGAUAUUUGGCCGUGACGGUGCAGUGGACAAUUCUGGGUGUGACUUAACCGAAAUGGUAUCGAGCACUAACAAAUCAGAGGAGACAAAUAAAAAUGCCAACCUUCAAAUCGGAGAGUUAUGCAGCAAUCCAAAUUCCACCGAUGUAAAUGAAAAGGAGUUGUUUCCAAGAAACGAUAUGUCAGAUGUCAAGGAAAACAUUGUAAGGAUCUUUACAGGCACCACACAACACUUUUCUGAGCUAACUUCCGCUUCUCAGUGCCAAGCUUCUUUUCAGAAUCCUACAAGCAGUGGGAUAACAAAGUCAACUGAACAGAUAACAUUGGAUUCCCACAUCAGAAUCGCGAAUGAUGCACAUGAACACCUUGCUGUGGUAAAGGACAAUCUGCACACCAAUUCAUUAUGGCAAGGACAAGACAAGAAUAGUCUCUCAACUACUUCAGACACACAAAUCAUUUCCAAACUCAGAGAUUAUUUAACCAAAUUCGAAUUCACAGUCAAAAAACAGGACGCUGUCAGUAACACAACAACAGAGCCUAACGUUCCAACUGCUUGGAUAACUUUAGAUAGUACAUCCCACAAACAGCAAUUAAACGACACAAGACACUACAGCAGACACGGCUUGGCUGAAAUUAGACAGAGUGAAAAUGGACAUUUCCAAGUAGCCCCUGCCAAACACAUACAAAGUAACGAGAACCUUCAUCCCAACAGCUCUGCAUCGAAGAGAAGAAGUAGCAAUAUGGAAAGGGUCAGUCCAGACAGUACCUUUACUGAAACUGUCAGAAAUGAGCCAAAUACACAUAUGGAUGUUCAACCACACCAGACUGGCUGUGGUGUACCCAACAUGAACCACUGGCUGCAAAAUCAUGGGAAUAAACUGCAAGAAAAUCAAUACAUCUAUCCCCAAGCUUUAGGAAAUCUAAUCAGGUCAAGUGGACAACAAGGAAACCAAGCAAGAGAACAACCAUGUCAAGUCAGUCAAUCGAUCGAGCAAAGCCCCUAUGAAAAAGUGCAUACCACAUACAACCAGAAUAGGUACAGCGUCACUGACAUCUCCAGCACUCUGAAGUUGGCUGACCAUGCGGCUUCCUUGGCAGAACUUGGUCCCCUGCAGGCGAAAUGCAAACGAAUGCUGCACCAUUUUAUCUCCAACUUUGAGCAAGAUCAGAAGGUUUCCUUCAACCAAUCCUGCAUUUCAAGAAAUAUGAUUUUGGAAAAAUAUCUAGCGCAUCCUCCUGUGCCAAUUGAGUUGAAAUUUGAGGCAAUCAACUCAUUCUUGGAACUACAGAUGAUUAUCGAGGCCUGCCAGUUUGUUGACAACAAAAUCAAUUUUCUCAAGCGAAAGCCAACAUUUAGGAGUUUGCUCUGGUACGACCCUUCUCUCUACGGUGAACUCUACAAGGGCUCGGUUGGGUUUCAGCAGCAGUCGUCACUGUUUUCGUCAUUCCAGCAGUGUCUGACCGGCGAUGACUACCGAAGAUUGCGGGAAUACUACUGUGCAGUGUCCACUCUGCACCAGCAGCUACAAGAUGCCCCCGACACGUCGUACUACAUGUACCUGAAAACGAAGCGGGAAAGGCUCGAAAUUGAAGCUGCCUUUCGAAACCCUUCUGAUAUUAAGAGCUUCUUUUUAUCUGUCCCAACAGCCAUCAUGAUCAACUUAGGAGACGAGUUGGACAUUUUGAAAAAGACGCACCACAUAGUGAUGACAUUCAUCGAGACACCGGCGGAUCGGUUGCCAGGCUCAUUCGAUGUAGGGAAAGCUGAGCAUCUGUCCAUCAUAUGCAGGUAUCUUCAAGAAAAAAUCCUCUUUCUGAGAUCCCAUAAGGAAAUGACUAAAAUUUCCUGGUUCGGAAUGGAGCAUCUUCUUUACGAUGCAUCAAAGGUUCUUGUGUGGAGCGAAUCGGAGCACGGGAUGCCAAAUGAAGUGCUGACGAAAUACAGGAGGUUAAACUCGCAAAUAAUUUACGGGGUGACCGAGAAUUGCGUCGCCCUUGUUAAUAAAAUCGAUCAGUCUCUGCAGCCGGUGGAUAUCACGAAACUCUCGCCUCAGCAAAUGAAUGCUAUCAGAAUCCCAUUCGCAGGGUUCUCCGCUGAGAGAACUCAAACCGCACAGAACAUUCAAACGGAAGAUGGAAUGAAAGAAACACAUCAACCACCCAGAAGAAGAGCAACACAUCCUGGCUUGAGAAGUAAAUUCACUGAUAGUGUCACCCCAAUUAUUCAACCCAGUCUAACAGCUCCACCUGGAAGCUCAACUCUUUACACUGAUAUCACACAAAGAAGCAAUGCAUCGCAUUGGGGAAUUCCCAGAAAUUCUGCUUGGGACUGGAAGCCCCCAGAUCCGAUCCAGUCACCAUCACACAGCGAAAUAAGAGCUCUGCUUUUCUCUAAGAAGGCGUCUACACCACACGCAAAACUGAGGACGACAUCUCUACCGGAUGUUCCAAACAGCCAUGCGGCCAGACAGCAACAAAUAUCAAAGCCGUUGAUUGUGAAGCCUAGACCAAUUGACAGAAGUAAAGUUCAGUCAUCGCUCUGUGCACUUCAGCACCCGGAGCUCCUAAAAGGCCAAGCAAACGAGUUCAACAUGCCUAUAAUACCGUCUUUACCUUUCCCAAGUUUUUCCUCGGACGCAACCUCGGGAAUCCAUCCGCCUCUUCCACCACUGCAGUUCCCUAUUUCUCCAAAUCAAGUCGCACUGCAGAACAAUCCAACACCAAUAAGCUACCCUUUCUUUGUCUUCAAUGGGCAAACAUACUCCACUACAGGGUCUGCUGUGCCUGUGACACCCCUGCAUACUGAAACUCAAUAUCAAUAUCCUCGCCCUGUUUAAAGUGAGCAAACAGUAUUCGGUACUGUUAGAAUUCUAUGUUCUUUUCUCAAAUCUUCCUGUCCUUGUUUUGAGAGAUUUCUGAAGCUUCCUUUUAUGUUCGUACUUCAGCACAGUCUCGCUUCGACCAGUUCUUCCAUGAUGUUCAACCUGUUCAUUGUGAAUAGAGUAAAACACAGUAUCUGUUUAUACUGUAAAAGCUUUGUGAAUAGAUGUUACAUUUGUUUUUGUCUUUUUUAUAAAUAUAUAUAUUUUAACAUUAUAUUGUUCAUAUGUUCAUAACGACUGAAAAAAUGCACUUUGUUUUAUAGUGUCAAAACUGUUCAAUAUAAGCAUGUUUUAAAAGCAGAAUAUAAAGCAUGUGCUUUUUUUU